AUGAAGUGCCUAGGGAAUGAUCCAUUUGACUACGAACAGAAAUUCCCAGAGGAUAAGCAGUAUGAGGAGCUUGGGCCAACAGCCAGGGUAUGGAGAACAUACCUUGAAGAAUGCCUUCCAUUUGAUAACGAGAUGGUGGAAGGGUGGAGAGACGGUCUAGAUGUUCUCCUCGUCUUUGCUGGUCUUUUCUCAGCAGUGGUCACAACAUUUGUCGCUCAGACAUCACAGAGCCUUCAAGUUGACUACGGCGCGGUCACUGCCUCACUUUUGAUCGAGCUCAUCAGUGUCCAACGCUCAGCAUCGAACGGUUCCCUCGUAAACGACAUCCCUCGCUCAGACCUCACCUUUCAUCCCUCAAUAUCCGACUCAUGGGUCAAUGGCUUGUGGUUCACGAGUCUCUCACUGAGUCUCACAACUGCACUGUUCGCUGUUUUGACAAAGCAGUGGAUUCACCAGUACAUGUCUGUGCCGUCAGGAACACCGCAGGACAGAUGCCGUGUGCGUCAAUUCCGGUACAUGGGUCUCCAGCAAUGGGGUGUAGCCUUCAUUAUUGGACUCCUUCCUGUCCUGAUGAGUGCAUCGCUCGCUGUAUUCCUUGUGGGAUUGGUUCUUUUUAUU